AUGGACAAAUUACAUAACAUAGUCAAACAAAUAGACAGAAACGACGAGAAUGUUAGCGUGCAAAUUACCGCCAUCAAAAACCUUAUCGAUCAGAUUGGAUCUUUGCAGGACUAUGCAGGCUCGUUUGAGGAGACUCAGUUUGGGUCAGCAGCAAUGCAACUAAAAACGGAAAUAGAUAAUACAAUUCCGCGUAUACAAGAUGUUCUCGUACAGAAUGACAACCUUAUUCAAAAAAUGAUGGACUUGUUCUUCGUAUUAGACGCUGGUCCUCAUCUCGACAAAUUGUCUCAAGAGUUUGGUAGGUACCAGGAGACACAUUUAGAGAAACGCGACUUAAUUGAUGAAUACAACAUGGAACAACUCUAUGUAAAUGAUUUAGUUGCUAAAUGGCCGCAAGAUAGCACCAUCAAACAGCUGUCGAGUGAGAUUGAUGAGCUGUCAUCACUAUUUGCAAACUCUGGCCUUUGA